UUCUGACAAAAGCCCAUAUGAUCCCCGAGCUCCAAUCACCAAUUGCUGCUGCUAAAGCAGCCUCUGCAUUUUUGUCUGUCUGAAUGCUGCUAGCACGGCGAAAAAAAGAAGAAGAAGAAAAAACAGUGAAGGGAAGGAUAACUGAAGAAAUGUGAAAAUCCAACAUGUAAGGCGAGCGGAAGCUUUGGGCAAAUGGAGGUUUUCGCGGACUCCUUCGAUGCUAGAGACCUCGGAUCAAAAUGCCGAUGCCGACGAGGACUUCCCUGAGCAGAAUUUGCUGGACAUCCAGAAACUCUGCAGUAUACACCUGCUGUCCUCCCUUGCUCUGCUAAAACCAUUGGAAAGUGGACUGCUGACUUCCCCUCUGCUGGAGGAUGCAGUGCUGCACUUUACUUGUUUAAUGGACAGGUUGAACGAACGGCAUCUCUACCAGCCUCCCCUGUGUGACGUGGACCUUGUACUGGUGUCCUGUUGUACAUUUUCCGCCCACAAGUGCGUGCCGGAUGAACACAGCCCGAACUUCCAGGCCCUCCUCUCCCGGAGUCAACCACUGCACCGCAUAAACCUGGCCUUUGAGGUGCUGAGCAUCCAGAUCAUCAACUUCAUCUAUAUCUCCAUCUUUGGAGUGCCACAAGUGGCCAUUGUGCUCCAGAUGAGUGAUUCCUGCCACAAACUACUCGGCUCCAAUGAGAUGGCUGACACAGACGGGCAGGGCAAUGCCUCGUCCAAUCAGAUGUACAAGAUGAAGGAGAUUGAGAAGAUGUACACACAGCAAGGAAACGGUACUUUCUCAUUGCUUGUAGAGGAUAGUGGGGUCAGUGGGGAAAUUACCCAGACACAUCCCUCUAGCAUCCACUCCAGCCCUCAGGCAAAACACAUCUACAAAAAUGAUGACAGCAGAGGCGGAGUGGCUAGUGGAGGAGGGCGGAGCUUGUGCAAAAUGGAGGGAGGGGCCUGUUUCAAUGAAGCGGGAGCCCAGGAUGGUUCCGUCUCUUUUAACAGAGAGCAGAUUAUUGUGGAGGUCAAUCUCAAUAACCAGACAUUGAAUGUUUCUAAAGGGUCAGACGGAAAGGGCAUCACCUCAAGUACCUCAUCCCUCCGUGUUCACCGUCGCACUAGUUCUCCCGAUGCGGAGGAGGGCAAGGAACAGUCUGAUAGUGAAGAUGUUGACGAGGACAAAGAAGAAUAUGAACAAGGAAGGGAAGAGAUGGAAAAUUGCAGUGAGGAUGAGGAAGAGAACAAGCUCAACAUUCCAGAAACAGGACACACCAGUAUGGGAAGACGGCGUGCCACGAGGAUACUAACUGGCACAGAUGCCGCCAUGAGACAGACACUAAUGGACUCCACACUAGGGGAGGGGAGGAAGAGGAGAAGAGAGCAGGAGAGUGUGGGGCAGAAGGUGAAGCUCGAAGAAAAGCAGCACUUUUCCUGCAAGAAGUGCCCUCGUAUUUUUAACAACCGCUGGUACUUGGAGAAGCACAUGAACGUCACACACAACCGCAUGCAGAUCUGCAAUAAAUGCGGCAAGCGCUUUUUACUGGAGAGCGAGUUGCUGCUGCACCAUCAGACAAACUGUGAGAAAAACAUACAGUGCGUGACUUGUGGAAAAGCCUUUAAAAAGCUGUGGUCUUUACAUGAACACAACAAGAUUGUCCACGGAUAUGCCGAGAAGAAGUUCUCUUGUGAAAUCUGUGAAAAGAAAUUCUACACCAUGGCACAUGUCCGGAAACACAUGGUUGCUCACACCAAGGACAUGCCGUUUACUUGUGAGACGUGUGGGAAGUCCUUCAAACGCAGCAUGUCUCUUAAAGUGCACUCUCUCCAGCACUCUGGAGAAAAGCCCUUCAAGUGUGAGAACUGCAGUGAAAGAUUCCAGUACAAAUACCAGCUGAGGUCACAUAUGAGCAUCCAUAUCGGACACAAGCAGUUCAUGUGCCAGUGGUGUGGGAAAGACUUCAACAUGAAGCAGUACUUUGAUGAACACAUGAAGACUCACACUGGAGAAAAACCAUAUAUCUGUGAGGUCUGUGGAAAGAGCUUCACGAGCCGGCCCAAUAUGAAAAGGCACCGUCGCACUCACACUGGCGAGAAGCCGUACCCCUGUGACGUCUGCGGACAGCGUUUCCGUUUCUCCAACAUGCUCAAAGCCCACAAGGAGAAGUGCUUCCAGGUCAGCAACCCCAUGGUAUCUGAUACCACCAACCUUCUGGGACUGGACCCCACGUCAGCUGAUUUGGACACACCAGCUAAUCAGUUACCCAGCCACGCCAUGACCCCUCUUGGAGAGGCAUCCAGUCUCCACCAGGUCAAGUCACUCUCGCUUCCCUUCGUUCACUCUGUCGUAGGUCUUCCCUCUCCCCCGACCCUGUUUUCCACUGAAAGGGUUAACUCCGGUACCAACUAGUUUUUUAAGGUUCCUUUGAUUGUUUAUUGUCCGAAACCCAAAGCUUGCAGUAGCUCCCCGUGAGGCUUUUUGAUUCACGUCUGAUGUGAAUCACUCUCUCAUAUGGAUUUACAAACACGUUGAGCGAGGUCUAAGACUUCCGGCAGGUGUUUGAACAGUGUGUAACACUGAAUAUUCUUUUUAAACUGUGCAAAUUUUCACUUAUUUUAUUCUCAUAGAGAUAUUUUGUAUACUGUGCAAAUAAGCUCCUCAUACGUUUUCAUUGUCUUUUUUUUUUUGGUGUUUGAUGUAUUUUUUUGUGAGCUACAGGAUUAGCAGUUAGCACUGCAUUUCUGCACACGCUCUCGCCAUGGUCACCGUGAUUUUGCCAAGUAAGGCAUGUUCCCUGGUUCUAAUCCUAAACUUGAUAUACACUUUAUUGUCCCCAAAAGGGGGGCUCAAUUUGUCUUGGACUCAAUGUGUUUACAUUGACAUUCAAAUCUGAUUAGUUGAUUGGAAAGUUGUUCCAAGAUCCAGGUACUUGGUGAAAUCGCAUUCACUCUCUUGCUGUAGUCGUUCAUGCUUUGUCCGUUGAGAUUCUCAUUAACUGCAUUACAAAAUACGAAUGUGUAUUGCACUCACAGCAGAGGGCGCUGUGGGACGUGAGCAUUGCGAAGUUUAGCCAAUUCAAAUGUAGCAUAAAUAUGUCCCCCUGCCAUAACCAAAUCCAGAUGUAUCGCAGUAACCAAAUCCAGUUAGCAUAUGUUAUAACUGAAUAUGAAAUGUAUAAUCACUCCAGCACCUUAUUUUUAAUCGUAGAUGUAUUUAUAUUGUCCUGUCUUCUACGUAUUCUGAAAGUUUAACGUUUUGAAACAUGAGGUCCUCUGAUAUUUGCAGAGGUUUGUUUUGUGAAGCGUCUGUGCAGGGCACAGAUUGGGCGGUUGGUUUGUAUCAAAGGAUAUAUGUAGCAAAGGCACUUGAGAAAACCUUUAUUAUUUUUAAAAAUCCCAAAGAAGGAUGCUUCGCAAUUCUUUAUUUUUUUUUUUCUCUCUCUAUAAUAUUUUACAAUUUUCAGAGCACUUUACUCUCAGUGUUGGCCAUAUUGUGUAAUGGCAAAAUCUGAAACGCCUAAACCACUUAUGAGUGUGAAAUGGAGUGUGUUUUAUUUGCAUGGAGGUAAUAUCAAACCUGGAUGAGCGCCAGGGUAUGUGUGGUUCAAAAAUAUUUCUGUUGAAUGUCUGAAAUGCUUUAUGGUACACAGAACAGGUUUAUCCGCUAUUUUUUUACAGUGAUUUAUCAGUCAUCAUUAAUGCUUUCACUUUUUUUUUUCACUUCACUCUAUUUUUAUGAUAGUUUAAAGUGACAGCAGCCGGCCUGAAUAACUUAUAGAAAGUGGGGGCUUCAGUAUAGAUGGAAAUCAUGUUGUUUUGUGCCCUAAAAAAUUAGAAAACUAUUAGACCUGUCUUCUGGGACUAGUGUACAUUGUAAUAUGGUCCUGUUGAGAGGCCACAUAGAAUUUUAAAUGAUAAAAUUAUAGACAAUUUGACACAAUUUCCUUGCCCUUUGUAGAGAGGACUUUUAUUGUCUAGGAGCAGUAAAAUGUAGUAGCUAUAAUAGGUAUUAUCCUAUAUAAAUAUUUAAAUUUAUAUAAAUAUACACAAACACACAUUUAUGAUAUAUAUAUAAACAUACAUAGUCUGUAAAUAAACUCUAUGUCAGUUUCUGUUUAAUCAGUUUUAAUCAUUACAUUUGUAGAGUCAAAUGAAUGUGGUGAGAUGUGGAGGCCAGCAGUCAUGUAAGAACUUAUGAUGGAAAUAAUUUUUUUAUAUUAGGAAUAAAACCUAGAAUUUUACCUUCUUAUACCAUCUUAAAUAUUACCUUACCUUGUUCACAGUGCAUCAGUCAUGUUUCUGGGUUAAGAAAACACAGCUUAAUGCAGGUAACGGCAAGUGGUUUUAAAAAUGGUAUGUGUUUCUUUAAGAAGUUUCUGAAAGUCCUGGCAGCAUGGUCAGUUAAAUCUGGAAGCUUGUUUCUGCCAUGGAAUAAAACAUUAAAAAAGGGAAUAACGUCUUUUUAUCUCACCAUUCCAAGAAAAAAAGUCUGAAUUGCGAGUUUACUGUAUCUGUCAAUUCUGAGGGGAAAAACUCAGUUUGUAUCUCAGAAUUCCUACUUUAUCUUGCAAUUCAGAAUUGUGAGAUGAAAAAAAUCGCAAUUCCGAGUUAUAAAGUGGAAAUUGUGACAUUUAAACUUUCAAUUACGAGAGAAAAAAAGUCACAUUUACCUUUUUUUUUAUUCUGUGGCGGUUAACAAACAUAUGAGGAAUGGUUCACCCCAAAAUGUAUGUUGUUAUUGUUAUGACUUUAUCCCUUUACAAAAGGGGUUAUUAACAGCAGAAUGACAUGAUGACAGCAUUUAAAUUUUUGUCUAAACUGUACCUUUAAGUAUAACAUGCUAGAUGUACACUGUAAAAUAAAAAAAAAUAAGAUUAGACUAGAGGCACUAUAACAAACUUGUCUUAAGUGUGUAAUGGAAUAGAGUUGGGGAAGAUAAUGGUGAUCUGAGCAGAGACCAUGACCAGGAGGUAUUUUUAAAUCAUUUUUUAUUUAGCAGAAAUCUAAAUGUUGUGCCAGAGGAUUAUUGUUUAAGCCUUUUUAUGGUUUUGCCACGAACAUGUUUGUGUUCUUUACAUGAUCAGUGUCAUAUUGCACCUUAUACUCAACUAAUUUUAUAGUGUCCUCAACCCAAUUGGGAUCUCUCAAUACAUUGAGGAUGUUUCUAUUUUUAAAGUCCCUUUUAAUAUAUAUAUUUUUAAAACAAUCAUCUCAUGUUCCUUUUACGAUAUUAUGGAAUAUGAAAAACUUCCCCAGAAAGUUUUCUGAUGCACAUAGCACCUGCUUUAUGUCGUAUAACAAGGUGAAUUUUUCUUUUUCCCAUUUUUUGUGUGCACUUUAUUUGGAUAUUAAUGUUAUGGUACAAGGUUUUGGAUAACAUGUUUUUGUUAAAAUGUUUAAAAAAAACUGCUGAAAGCUUUCUGUUAAGAUCAUAUUUCCCCCUUAAUUUCUCUCUCUCUCUCUCUCUCUCUCUCUCUCUCUCUCUCUCUCUCUCUCUCUCUCUCUCUCUCUCUCUCUUAAACUAAAGUCUUAUUUUACAUGCAGUGAAAUUGCACAGAAGUAAAUCUCUAUAUUUGGAGAUAUUGUUGUACAAAAAAAAUUUUGAAUUGAUUUUGUGCAUCUGAAAGAAAAUAUUUCUAUUUCUUUACUAGUUUUUUAUGUUUUACAUAAUUUACUAGUGUGUAUCAUUCCUCGUUUGCUGCUUAUUAAGAAAGACUUUGGAUGCUUGUGGCCUUUUUUUCUUAUUUUAAACUGUCUAUUUAAGUGAUUUUGGAAAGAGAGAAAGAUUUAUAUUAAGAAGGAUUUGUCUGUUAUUUUAGUUUGUUAUGUUGUGUGCUAUCCUUUGUUAUAUAUUAUAAGUGAUAGCAAGAGGUGAUUUGCACUUCAGAAUUUUUUUUUUUUUACUUUUCAAAGAAACCACUCUCCAUAGUACCAAAUUCAAGAAAUAUAUUAACUUUUUUCCUAAACUAGCACUCAACAUGCAAUACUUGCCCAUAUGUAUUAAAACAAUCAUGAGUGUGACUGUUCUAUAUGCUAUGUCUUAGUUAACUUUGUGUACAUGCAGUUGUGCUGCUUCUGUCAGCAGAAUACUAAACAAUACAAAGUCUAGCGGUGCUAAUAAAAUUAAGCUGUAUUUUGUCA